UGAUCUUUUGCCAACAGGAAAUCAUGUUCAGUUUCACGUACAAAUAACAGGAGCGUGCAUCCGGCUUCCGGAGAAGGCUCGACAUGCAAGUGGACCUUCUCACCUGCUGCCGCGUGUCCUCCAAUUUAACCAAUUGGUGAUUAUCUCUCUUGACGAUAAGUCGAUAACUAUUUGAUCAGGCAGGAUCCAAAAUCACUGCUAGUUAGCUCUAAAAAGGAAAAGUAGCAAAUAGAAAAGUCACCGUUAAUCUGCCGCUGUUGAAUGACUCAGUCUGACAGUCAGAUGGCUGAGGCCGACGCCACUAACGGCGUCCUCGUCGCAGACGUGGCGAUCGGGGGCGGAGGAGACUCUAAUUUCACCAAGGCAGAACACAGGCCCCGUGCGGAAGAGAUCAAUCUUGGCGAUAUUCUGAACCGAAUUCUAUCUGCGGUUUUCUUUCCGGAUCCGGAUGCACCCGCCCCACUCCUGCACCGCCUCAAGGCCUCUCUCCCUGAAAAUGUCCAGGUGCUUCGCAAAGCUGCUCGAAAUACCGCUCACAGCAUUUACACCUGGACUCGCCAGGGCAGUCCUUUUCGCGCCCUUCUCGUCGCCUCUGUUGGGACUAUUGCUCUUCUUGCACUGACAGGAUUGCUAAUUUUUAUGUUUUUCUUUGCCCUGACAACAAUAAAUGUUAUUGUGGUGUCUCUGCUCGUGUCUUUAGCAGUAGCGGGGGGUUUCCUGGCUGUUUUCUUUGCCUGUUUAACAGGCAUUUAUGUUGGAGCAUUAUCUUUAGCUGUAUUUAUCAUUUCAACUACAACAAUCUCGGCAAUUGUUGCUACCUUGAUUGCUACAGGUUGGAUUGGGUUCUUCUUUACCAUGUGGCUGGCAUUGACGAAGAGCGUCUCUCUUGCAAAACAUAUGUUGGACGUGACAGGAUCGACACUUAAAGCUUAUUCUUCUACUCCACAUGCAGGCUACACAAAUACAUCAAAUAAAUAGUCUGCAAGGCGGAGCAUGGUUAACUAUGAAUCCGGGGUAUUUGCUGUCAUUGACCUAUGCCUAUAUGACCUGUUUUUGCUCACAGUGCUGGUUAAUAAAGAAUACUUGAAGUUUGAUCUGAGAUUAAUUAUACCGUUGAAUAUUUGGGAGUGGCGUAUAUUAGGUGAGAAUGCUGGGAUGUGUGUACUGUGUAUAGGACUACAGGUUGGUAGCUUGGUCCCAACUCCCAAGGCCUCGUUUCAUUGCAGGAAAAUUAGUAGGGAUGGACAAUGGCAUCUUGAAAAAUAUUAUGUUCAGUGUAAAAAAACAAGUUGAUGAAAACAACUUUUUUUAAUCGAAGUGAAUUGUACAAAAGUUUUGAGAAUAAAGGAAAAUGUUUUUAGGUGGCAGUACAAAAUUAAAAAAACUGUUCCAAAAAUAAUUUUAUACGGUCAGAUAGCACUA